AUGGACGUCGAUAGAAGGAAGGUUUCUGGAGAGCCUUCUACCUCACAGAUUUCAGUGGCACGAGUUGGAAGGGAGCAUCUGUCGGAUUCGCUUGCUCCUCACGAGACUUAUGAAGGUCGACACCGAUUUGACCCUGGCGCCACAUGGACCGAGCAAGAGGAGAGGAGAGUCGUUCGGAAGACUGAUCUCUAUCUUCUGUCUUGGAUUUGCGUAAUGUUCUUUGGACUCCAGUUGGACAGAGGAAAUCUCUCAAAUGCUCUAGCCGACAAUCUCCUGAAGGACCUGCAUCUGACCAGCGAUAACUACAACAAUGGGACCACCAUUCAGCUCCUCUGCUUCCUGACUGCGGAGUUCCCAGUCCAGUUUCUUACCAAACGGUAUGGUUUCAAAUAUGUUCUGCCUACUAUGAUGAUGCUUUGGGGAACAGUUUCAUGGUCCCAGGCUUGGAUGACCAACCGUACAUCGUUUUAUAUCACACGAGCUUUUAUUGGAGCCUGUGAAGGCGGCUUCAUUCCUGGCACGAUUCUCUUUGCAACAUAUUUCUACAAGACGAAAGAGCUUGCAAUUCGUCUCGCUUGCUUUUGGUCAACGUUGAACGUUGCACGAGUCAUCUCGGCUUUGCUACCGGCAGGAAUCCUAGAAAUGCGAGGUAUUGGUGGCAAGUCAGGAUGGUUUUGGCUUUUUUUGAUCGAGGGUCUCCUCACAUUUCUAAUUGGAGCUAUAAGCUUUUUCUAUCUUCCUCAAUCACCAACCUCUACGAAGGGUGUCCUUUUCCGAAAUUCUUGGUACACAGAGCGAGAAGAAACAAUCAUGACAAAUAGAGUCCUCCGCGACGACCCUGCAAAGGGCCUCACUGCGCUCAAGGAAGCUGCCACUUGGAAAGAUGUGAAAGCUUCCUGGAGCGAUUCCUCAAUGUGGGGAUUGUACUUCAUUGGGCUUGUUGCCUACAUACCCGCUACUCCCGUUACUGGAUAUCUCACGCUCACCUUAAAACGCCUUGGAUACAGCACCUUCAAUUCGAAUAUGCUCACCAUUCCGGCGGCAGUGUUGCAAAUAAUCACAAUGCUCACUUUGUCGUACAGUAGCGACUACUUCAAUGAGCGCGCCUUCCACUGCUUUCUCGGAGAAUUCUGGAUCCUACCUAUUCUUGCUGCACUCAUCACUAUUCCGGAUGGCGGACGAAAUUGGGCGCGCUUCUCUAUGAUCACUCUGAUUUCUGGCUAUCCCUACUUCCACCCCAUUGUUUCCUCGUGGAUCAGUGAAAACACCUUCGACGUGAAGAAGAGAGCAAUUACAGCAGCAACCUACAAUGUGAUCAUUCAGAUCGGAUCUCUGAUUGGUUCACAGAUAUAUCGCUCUUAUGAUUCGCCAUACUGCCACCAAGGGAACAAAGUCUUGAUCUCCAUCUGUGCACUGUCUCUCGUGACAUUUUUGGCGCAGCGAGCGUAUCUGAGCAUUUUGAAUAAACGAAAGGAGAAAAUCUGGGAUUCUAUGACUAUGGACGAGAGAUCGGUAUAUCAAAACGAUCAGGGGGCACGGGAGCUGGAUGGGAACAAGAGGUUGGACUUCAGAUUCAAGUAUUGA